UUUAGUGUCGACACCGUCUUGCGCUCUCUUUUCGUGGAGGCUCAGUCAGAGGCCGGCCUGCAAACAUGCAGAUCUUCGUGAAGACGUUGACGGGGAAGACCAUCACCCUCGAGGUUGAGCCCAGCGACACUAUCGAAAACGUCAAGGCCAAGAUCCAGGACAAGGAAGGAAUCCCGCCUGAUCAACAGCGUUUGAUCUUUGCUGGAAAGCAGCUCGAGGAUGGACGCACUCUGUCCGACUACAACAUUCAGAAAGAGUCCACCCUUCAUCUGGUCCUUCGUCUGCGUGGUGGCAUCAUCGAGCCUUCCCUCAGGCAGUUGGCCCAGAAAUACAACUGUGACAAGAUGAUCUGCCGCAAGUGCUAUGCCCGUCUGCACCCUCGCGCUGUCAAUUGCCGCAAGAAAAAGUGUGGCCACACCAACAACCUUCGCCCCAAGAAGAAGCUGAAGUAGAUCGUUGGACUGAAUUGGCUUUACUUGCCAUUUUUGUGUUAAAAUAAAUCUGAGAAAACUCUUGA